AUGUCUUUCAUGUUCAAGAGAAAUUAUGCGGCACUAGAAGAAGUCAACGAGCCCAUUGCACCUGAACAGCUCCAGAUCCUCAGAAAUCAGGUCGAGUCAGAGCAUCCACCAUCCCCGCAAUCACUGUUCAAUUACGCAUGGGCACUUCUCAAGACAGACAACCACAAGGCGCAGAGACAGGCGCUAGACAUUUUGGCCACGCUCUACAGAGACGUUCCAUCACUCCGGAGAGACUCUCUCUACUACUUGGCGCUCGGAAGCGUCAAGAUCGGUGAAUUCACCAAUGCCCGGCGUUACGCAGAGUCGUUGCUUGAAAAGGAGCCUGAGAACACUCAGUUCAAGGCCCUAAAGCAGGCAAUCGACGACCAGGUAACUCAAGACGGACUCAUUGGGCUAGGAAUUGCUGGAGGAGUGUUGGCGGUGGGUUUGGGAGUUAUGGGGGCCAUGAUGAGAAAGAGAAGAUGA